CAAGUAAUAAGGAUUGAGACGACGGAACGCAAACGCCCCGAGCCGCCAUAAAUAUCGCGCUUCCUUCCCCUCCGACGAUUCCCACUGCUGCCGUGAGCUCGGAGACGGAGCUCAACUGUAGUCGCCAUGGCCUUGCGCAGAGCCCUUCCCCACCGUUUCCUUAACACCGCCAAGGCCUCCUCCUACACCCAGUCCCUAGCUCCACCUCUCCGCUCCUCUUCCUCCGACGCCUCGCCGUCGCUCCUUCCCAACGCGAUCUUCCUGUACCAUCGCCCGGUCUUCCGUACCCCCGUCGGCGUCGAGCUGGUCGACCGCGUCCAGGGCAUCGGAUCGGGUCGGAUCCGCCUGGAGGGGCUGUCCCCGCCGCCUCCUACACCGCCGGAUGUGGUCCCGGUGGCGGAGGCGAGGAAGGUUCUGCGGGCGGCGCAGAUGGAGGCCGUCCGGACGAGGCUUAGGGGGCUCGGCCGGAGCUGCGUCUCCUACGCGGAGUUCUCCCGGGUCUGCGGCGAGGUCCCGGGCGUCGAGAGCGACGUGGGGCUCGCGAGCGCCUUGGACACGUCCGGCGCCGUCCUCGUCCUCGGGGACGUCGUCUUCGUCCGCCCCGAAACGGUAGCGCAGGCGAUCGAGAGCAUGAUUCCGGCGCCGUUGGCCCAGCGGAGCGAGGCGCGGGCGAAGGAGCUGAAAGAGAUGGAAGCGAGGAAGGUGUCGAUCGACGCCGAGGCGGCGGCGCUGGUGAAGCGGGAGAUGCGGUGGGGUCUGGGCGUGCUGGCGCUGCAGACCGCCGGCUUCAUGCGGCUCACCUUCUGGGAGCUGUCGUGGGAUGUGAUGGAACCCAUUUGCUUCUACGUCACCUCCGUCUACUUCAUGCUCGGAUACGCCUUCUUCCUGAGGACGUCGAGGGACCCCUCCUUCGAGGGCUUCUUCCACGCCCGCUUUGCCGCGAAGCAGAAGCGGCUCAUGAAGACCCACAGCUUCGACAUGGACAGGCUUAAUGAACUCCGGCGAGGAGCGACGACGCCGGCCAAGGAGUCGUGUGACUGUCAUCAGAGGAUCGACUUCGUCGAGCCUGUGCAUUAACUCUCAAUCGAUGCGUCCUGUUCUUUCUAUUGCACCGUACAGCUCGAGCAAGCAGUGCAUCUCUCUCUUUCUCUCUGUGAAAUCAAUGUAAGCCGCAGCUUUGCCGCAGCAGCAGCAUCACGUACUCGAGUGUUGUUCCCUUGACGCAA